UAGCUACUGUAGCUUUAUAUGUUCGGCUUAAUUUGCUUAGCUUUAACAGUAAAUUCAGAUGACUUCUCUUCAGAGACACGCGUGGGACAAAAAGACAAGGAUAUGAAGCGAGACUAUAUUAGGGCUUGUUCAGAAAUAACCGUCUUUUUGCACGAACAGUUAGACAACCUAGCGAUACGUUAUUGAGCUAGCAUUAACGCAGGACUAAUUCCCCCAGGAGCUUUACGUUACUGAAUAAAUAUGUCAUUAAUCACUCUUAACCUGUAUUGUUACCAAAUCUGCAGAACCGACAGUCAGUUUCUAAUAAGUCAGAUCCAGCUACAUCAGUCUCAGUUCACAUUGUAAUGUUCACUGAUCAUUAAUUUUUGAAGUGCAGAAUGUCUGACUCUGUAAACACAUGUAUACUUGAGACUUUAUAGCUUGGUUCAGGGAAACAGACUUGUUUCAAUAGUGCUGUGGCUACCUGGAACCUCAGACUCACAAUAUUACUAGCCAGCAGUUCUCAUGUGCCUCUUCAGACUCCGCUCUGACUUCUGAGACAACAGUAGGAAAAGGUCACUAAUGCUUCCUGCAACAGGACCUUUCCUUAUGUGGAGCUCAGAUCCGCCUGGAGCAAGAGUGCUGUGAACACAGGCAGCCAUCUCAUGUCUGUGCAAUCCUGACUAUGCUGCUCUUGGUAGCGCUGGGCAUAGUUUUUUCUUCCACUGCGGUCACCGAGGAGAAGGCUGCAAACACCAACCACAAACCACCGAUACCGCUCCUCAACUACAGCAGGAUCUCCCUGCCACCGGAGCACGUACCCUAUUUCCUCUACAACAACAAGAGGGUCGCCAAGCAGUGCCGCCUGGACCCACUGUGCCCCUUUAAAGAUGCACUGCAGGAUUUGUCUGCCUGUUGGGGUUACGAGAAGAAUUGUGAUCCAGGGAAGCGCUUUAGCUAUCCAGUGUGUACCAAAGCUGACUCUGGAUGGGCUGAUUCAAUUCAGGCAGCCCAGGAACUGUUCUGGAAGCAGGCUGACUUUGGCUACGUCAAGGAGCGCCUGUCUGAGCUCAAAACACUCUGCAAGGCCACCAAGCCAGGGGAUUCAUCAUUAAGAUGCAGUAGCCACACUAGAUUCUGUAAGGCAACUAACCUCUACCUGGACUUGCGGAAGCCGCGCAGAAGUCAUGAGAGAUACAAGGAGGACUUCAUUCAGAGGGGUGAGAUUGGUGGUCGCUGUAGACUGAACAAGCAAGCGCUUGCUGCUGAGGGAGAACACAAGAGCCCCUUGCAAUCUUGGUAUGCUGAGCUUCAGACUUACACAGAACUCAACUUUCAUCCCAUAGAGGAUGGACACUGUGACAUCAUCAUUGAAAAACCCACUGUGUUCAUGAAACUGGACGCUGGAGUAAACAUGUACCACCAUUUCUGUGAUUUUGUCAACCUCUACAUCUCGCAGCACAUUAACAACUCCUUCAGCUCAGAUAUCAACAUCAUCAUGUGGGACACGAGUUUUUAUGGUUAUGGGGAUCUUUUCAGUGAAACAUGGAGGGCCUUCUCAGAGUAUGACAUCAUCUACUUAAAGACAUAUGACUCAGAGAGAGUGUGUUUCAAAGAUGCCUUCUUCUCACUCCUCCCGAGAAUGAGAUAUGGCUUAUUUUACAACACGCCUCUUAUAUCAGACUGUUCCAGUGAGGGGAUGUUUAGGGCUUUCUCCCAGCAUGUCCUCCAUCGGCUGAACAUCCUGCAAGAUGGGCCAAAGGAGGGGCGUGUUCGAGUCACCCUGCUGGCACGGAGCACAGAAUAUAGAAGGAUAUUAAACCAAGUGGAGCUGGUAAAUGCCCUCAGGACUGUGCCUUUACUGGAGGUCAACGUGGUGGACUACAAAUACAAGGAUGUUCCUUUCCUGGAGCAGCUGAGGAUCACCCACAACUCUGACAUCUUUAUAGGGAUGCACGGGGCAGGUCUCACACACCUCUUAUUCCUCCCUGACUGGGCUGUGAUCUUUGAACUAUAUAAUUGUCAGGAUGAGAGCUGCUAUCGAGAUUUGGCUCGGCUGCGGGGCAUUCGGUACGUGACUUGGCAGAAAAUGGACAAAGUGUUCCCACAGGACAAGGGUCAUCAUCCCACCCUUGGGGACCAUCCGAAAUUUACCAACUAUAAUUUUGAUGUGGGGGAGUUCAUGCGACUUGUGCUGGAGGGAGCCAGUUAUGUCACAAACCAUCACCAGUAUCAGCGUCGAGCCCAUCAUGAUGAACUCUAGACUAGAGUCUCUGUAAGUGGAGUUAGGGUACAAAUAUCUGACUGCUGAAGAACUCUGAACACGAGCCUGCCUUUAGUUGUGAUCAUCUUGACACCGGCAGUGAACUUUAGUGUCUUUUUAUUUGUUGUAAAGUUACCUCAUUCACCAGUAGUCUAACUGAAUAUAUGUCACCAUCUGUCUGCUGCUUGUAUAGGUCUGGAUGAGUGAGAACAGCAUGGCAGGCAACUCUGGUUUGACUCGUUUCCAUCAGCUCUGUUAGCGUCAGAUCAGUUAAAGGAUGAGGCGUGCGCAGUCGAAGCAUCUGUGGAGCAAUAAGAUGUGUCCUAUGUUUCUUCAUUAUCUCCGCUGCACCUUACUUCAUUCCACGCCAACAAAGUUAGCUAAUGAGCAGCUGUUACGAUGUCCCUUCACGUGUGACAUAUUGUCACAUUUGAUCAGUGUCACCUUGAUACGAACCUCUUCAGAGCUGUUGACAAUCAGCCCAGAGUUUCUGAGCAUAUCCAGCACACCCCAGUCUAAUAUGAUAUGAAGUAGUCACAAGCCAGAUGUGCUUGUAUAGUUGCAGAUGUAGACUUUUUGGGAUUAGUUUGGCAUAAUGAAAUCAUGUGAUCUUAAAUUAUGCUCAUCAGCAACAAAGCUCUAAGUGAAUGCGACACUCCUUACUGUCAGGAGGAUUUAUUUUGUAUCAGCAUUUCUACAGUACAGUAUGAGCACAUUCAAGUGCAUUAAUACUUUGAAACACUUUAAUAUUAAAUAUUAUGAAACAUACUGUACAUUAUAGUAUUUGCUUUAAGAAGUUGAGCACUCCAUUGUUUCACAAAACAUUGACUAUUAUGUUUUGUCACUGAAAAGUAACAGGCUUUUAAAAUCUUUUACUAUGACAUCUUUAUUUAAGUUUUUAUGCCAUUUGUCACAGUUUAAUAUUUAAAUAUAUGACGUGUUGUUUAAUGGAAUAUCUUUACUGAUCUCUGUUUUAUUGCAAAUUCCUUUGUAUUUUACCAAAGGAAAUGUGUCAGUCUGGUCAAAUGAUGAGGGUCAUGCUUAACACAAAAAACCUUUUAAAUGCUUAGUUUUAUGUUACAUUAAAUUAGUCUGUAAGAGAGUUAUGUUAAAUUGGGUCUGACCUUUUUUGGUCAGGGCUUUGUAGCCUUUUUAGUUGAUUUCAUAGUCA